GUUAUAUUGUAUAUAAACAACAUUAAUCAUCUAAAACACAAUUAAUCUUUUUCAACCAUAACUGGAAUAAAAAUGCUAAAAAUCCAUGUAUUGAUGAUAUUGGUUCAACACUUAGUCUUUUUCCCGACGGAAUAUGUUUUCUGUGUUUCCAUAGUUAACCGUUUAUAUGAUGGAGCUGCCGUUGAUAGUUCUAGUAGCCUAUCAAGGAACCGUAGGUUUAUCAUUGUCAACGGCGAUGGGGUACCUGAGUAUCCAGAAAUAGAUAACGACGGUAUUGAUAAUCAUGAUAUCGAUUACGAUUUAGACGAUAUUGACGAUGUAGAUGAUCCUGAUGACGGUUAUUACGGACCAGGCCACCACUUUUGGUGGCAUCAUGUUUACCAUCAUGAUAGUCCAAUUCUACCCUUUCCAUUAUUUCCACCGUUUCCACGAAGAUACCCUAAAAUACUGGUGCCGAGAUGUGACCAGUGGCCAUUCACAUGUCACAAUCGGUUAGAAGUUAUUCAAUGGCUUCAAUGUUAUUACGAAUAUAUAGGAGGACCUCAUCAUGAUGUGUACUCAGGACAUGGGACAUCUGUUCAUUUUUUAUAAGUCGACAGUGUAAAAUAGUUAGUGUAGUAUAGUUGUUACGUAAUUGAUUUUUUGCGCAUAAAGUAAAAACGCGUAUGGUGUAUCGUUAAAAAAAGAUUUGUAUUUUACACUCUUCAAACCUUUUUCCUUUAUUAAAAUGUA